UAUGUUUAAAAUUUUGCUCUAUGUGCUCGAUCAACUUGCUCCGAAGAAUCAUCCAAACAGUACGAGAAAACUCAAUUGUCCCUUCUAUCUUCUUCUUCUACCCGAGGUCCUCAGCUCGAAGUGAGAUUAUUUUUCUAACUCUUUGUGGUGUGUUACACAGUUAGGGUUUCUUUUUAUUCUUUUCGCCUGUAGAGUUCAAAAUCGAAGAACCAUGUCCGGACUCCACCGGUCCUCUAGUGCUCCCAUGAAGAAGGGCCUUCCUCCCAAGGAACUCCUCGACGAUCUCUGCAGUCGAUUUGUUUUAAAUGUGCCAAAAGAAGAUCUCGAGUCAUUUGAAAGGAUUUUAUUUCUUGUGGAGAAUGCACAUUGGUUCUAUGAAGACAACUCAGUGGAAAGAGAUCCAUCUCUGAAGUCAUUAACUCUGAAGGAAUUCACUUCUUUAAUAUUCAACAGUUGUGAUGUCUUAAAACCUUAUGUUCCCCAUUUGGAUGACAUAUUCAAGGACUUCACUUCCUACAAGGUCCGAGUUCCUGUAACUGGGGCAAUAAUUUUGGAUGAGACAUUUGAACGGUGUCUGCUAGUGAAAGGUUGGAAAGGGCCAAGCUGGAGUUUUCCACGCGGCAAAAGGAACAAAGACGAGGAAGACCAUGCAUGCGCCAUCAGAGAAGUCCUUGAGGAAACAGGUUUUGAAGCUUCUAAGCUUCUUAACAAAGCUGAAUACAUAGAAAAGAUUUUUGGACAGCAAAGGGUGCGACUCUACAUAAUUGCUGGUGUGAAGGAUGAUACUGCCUUUGCUCCACUUACCAAAAAAGAGAUUAGCGAAAUUGCAUGGCAACGGCUCGAUGAACUUCUGCCAGCAAGUGAUGAUGUGAUAUCACGUGGGAUCAGCGGACUCAAGCUUUACAUGGUGGCCCCUUUCCUGGGUUCUUUGAAAUCAUGGAUUUCAGUACAUCAGCCCCCCUUGGCUCCAAAAUCGGAUAUGCCUCUCAAAGGAAUUUGUGUCUGGAAAGCGAAGAACAGUUCGACAGGGAAUAAUAGCAGCACAGUGAUGAUAAUGGAGAGCCAGUCCAGUAAAAGUGAGGCUGAUGUUCAUCCUCCUGAUACGGGACCUGGUAGCAGCUUCAGAAACUUCAGAUUUGAUAUUGGACCGAUCUUGCAAACAAUGGAAGCCGCUUUCUCUGCUGUAAGGCCGAACUGACUUGGUUUUGUAAACUUGUUCCCAUUCCUGAUCUGUGUCUCAUUUAACACACAUUGAGCGCCCCCCCCCCCAAAAAAAAAAACCCAAUCCUUUUUUAAUGCCGGCUUGGUAGCUGAUUCUUGAGGGUGUAUGCCUUUUCGUCUGAUCUGAUUGGCUGGUUUCAGUCAAAUGUACAGUGUACAGAAAAAGUCUGGCAGAGAUGGGUGUUAAUCUCUGUUAUUAGAAGAAUGUGAAGAAGUUGGGCACUACUUGUAAGUUGGUACUUUAGUUCUAGUAUGUCUUAUCUUUUUUCUCUCGAGGUGGGUUUCUAUAGUCUAUCGGAUGUGUAUUUGAUCAACUUUUUGCUAAUGCCAUCUACUUUGUUUUCAAUUAUUAAUAACAGGUUUGUGUAUA